UUUUAGUAGACAACAGAGAUCUAUUAGUUCUCAGUCGAUUGACAUUGAGUUAUUGUCGAGACGCGACCGAAGUCAGCAUGCUGCUAAGCGCAGUGAUAAUUUGUUGUGUGAUAGUUGCAAAUGCGGAGCCACCUCUUAACAGCUACUCUUAUACUGGAGAUAGCAAUGGGUACGAUUAUAAUACCGUUACUAAUAAUGGAUACUUAAGCUCCAAGGAUAGCUAUCAAAACAGUGGAAACUUUUACGGUGCUGGAGACACCAGUCAUAAAUUAUCCAACCACAUCGGCGGCCAUUCAUUAAUUAAUGCCGGUAAUCAGGGGAGCAUAGGAGGUGACGUAGGAAACAGUUACAAAGGAUACUCCGCGAAUGAACAGGGGAGUGAAUACGGAGGAUAUUCCAAUCCUUACGAGAAUUCCGAGAAUAGCGACUCUUAUACUCGCACCGUGACGUCUACGCCGUUUAGAGGAUAUUCCGGUUCUAAUUCCGGCGAGUCGACUUUUAACGCGUACUCAAGCGGUCCUGCGGCCCACAAAGACACCGAUUUUGGCCAGUACGCGUCUAGCAGCAGUAGUAACAGUAAAAGGAUACCCGCUUUCCCAGGAUAUCCCAGACCAAUAUUAGAAAAUUAUCCCGAAGGCUCUGAUCACAGCAACGUGCAGGGAUAUCACGGUUCCUCCGGUUCAAGCUAUCCCGAGAGUGAUCACGCCUUCUCCCCUUAUUCUCCGAGCGGUCUGGAAUACUCGUUUGGAAAGCAGAAAGACGAGCCGUACAAAGGCGGCAACAAGUACAGCGAUGUCUAUUCGAUACCGUCCGAGACGCGUUACACGCGGGGAAACGCGGGACACGCGAGCCACAAUCACGACGUUCCGCCGUACAUAUCGAGUUCCGGUCCGAGCGGUCACUUGCUCAAGAUGCACGGCUCUGGUAAUGUCUGGUAUUCCUCGGGAAAACCGGGUAAAUACAGUUACAAAUACUUGUCUCGCUACGCUCCGAAUACUGGAGUAACUUACUUGUCGAGAGAUCGCGACGGCUAUUACACUCCUUUCAAUAAAGGCGGUGGGAAACUCAUUAUAAUUAAGGAUACUAGACCGAGCUACGCCGGCGGUCAUGUUUAUUCCGAUGAGCCGUCUUACGCCGGCGGUUACAGGAGUAAGAGCGCCGGUUACGCCACUUCACCGAAUUUUAGCGGAUACAGCGGCAACAGUAGUUACGAUGACGGUCCGGCUAUGCUUAGGCGAUAUAGAAACGCCGGUGGACUGCUACUGCAAAAAGCUGUUUAUCCUUGA